CGCGCCAAAGUAAGAAAACACAAGCCGCCUCUGUGACAGUAGAAGAGGAAAACGGGGACGGACAACUUUCAGAUAAAACCUCUAAAAGCUUUCCUAAUGUGUAUCCCCCAACAGACUCCAACAAGCUGAGCGGAAGGUGAAGUGUUUUCCUCGCGGUGAAGCCGGCAGACCGCCCGAUAAGAUGGUUUCUGACCAAAACAGUGGAAUGUACAGAUCGGACCGAGGACAAAUGGUAGGAGAUCAGGAAAACCAGGACGAUGGAUCCGCGAUGUCAGCCCUCAAGCGGCUGGAGCGCAGCAGUUCACCGACGAGAUGGACCGCCCGCUUCGGGUUCGACAUAAAAGAGCCGGGGGAGAAGACGGGUUGGCUGAUCACCAGCAUCCGUAAGCCUGACACAACAGAGAUCCUGGAUGAUGACAAGAGAAUGAUCAGUGCUGUGGAUUAUUAUUUCAUACAGGAGGACGGAAGAAGAUUUAAGGUGGCUCUCCCAUUCAAGCCAUAUUUCUACAUUGCCACUAAAAAGAACUGUGAGAGAGCGGUCAUCUCUAUACUUGUCAAAGAAGUUCAAGGAAAGCCAAAUCAUCUAGUCGGGCUGAAGAGAACCUACAUCAAACUGUUGUUCAACACCGUGGAUGAUCUCAUUAAAGUCAAGCGUGAGAUCUCCCCAGCUGUACGCAAGAACAGAGAGAGAGAGCAGUCAAAUGAUGCCUACACUGCCAUGUUAUCAAGUGCCUUAUCAGGUGGCAAUGUGACUUCAGCAGAUGAUGAGGUGGCGAUGAAGAGCAUUUCAGACCAGUUGGACAACAUAGUAGACAUGAGGGAAUAUGAUGUGCCCUACCAUGUGCGGUUGUCCAUCGACCUCAAGAUCCACGUGGCUCACUGGUAUAACGUUCGAUACAGGGGCAGCGCUUACCUACCUGAGAUUGUACGAAGAGAUGAUCUUGUGGAGCGCCCAGACCCUGUCGUUUUGGCUUAUGACAUUGAGACCACCAAACUCCCGCUGAAAUUCCCAGACGCGGAGAGCGAUCAGAUCAUGAUGAUCUCCUACAUGGUUGAUGGACAGGGGUACCUAAUCACAAACAGAGAGAUUGUCUCUGAGAAUAUUGAAGAUUUUGAGUUCACUCCCAAACCUGAGUAUGAAGGACCUUUCACCGUGUUUAACGAGGAUGAUGAGGCGGCCCUCAUCCAGAGGUUUUUUGACCAUGUUCAAGAAACCAAACCAAACAUCUUUGUCACCUACAAUGGAGACUUCUUUGACUGGCCUUUUGUUGAGACUCGGGCUGCCCUCCAUGGACUGAGCAUGCACAGAGAGAUCGGUUUCCAGAAGGACAAUCAGGGGAGUACAAGGUGGGUUAAGAGAGACAGCUACCUGCCUGUAGGAAGUCACAUGAAGGCAGCAGCUAAGGCUAAAUUAGGCUACGAUCCAGUGGAGCUGGAUCCAGAGGAGAUGUGCCGCAUGGCAACUGAGGAGCCGCAGACUUUAGCUACCUACUCUGUGUCAGACGCCGUGGCCACUUAUUACAUGUACAUGAAAUACGUUCACCCCUUCAUUGCUCUGUGCACAAUCAUCCCCAGGGGCCCGAUGAUGUUUGUACAUGUGCUGCGUAAAGGUUCCGGCACUCUGUGUGAGGCCUUGCUCAUGGUGCAGGCUUUCCAUGCAAACAAUCAUCUUCCCCAACAAACAGGAGCAGUCUUCAACAAGAUGACAGAUAACGGCCACGUUUUGGACUCCGAGACCUACGUGGGCGGCCACGUGGAGGCGCUGGAGUCAGGCGUGUUCCGCAGUGACAUCCCCUGCCGCUUCAAAAUGAACCCCGCUGCUUUUGACUUCCUGAUGCAAAGAGUUGAGAGAACGAUGCGACAUGCCAUCGAGGAAGAGGAGAGCAUCCCUUUAGAGCAAGUCACCAACUUUAAUGAGGUUUGUGAUGAGAUCAAAAAGAAGCUGACUUCCUUGAAGGAGGUUCCAAACAGGAUCGAGUGCCCCCUUAUCUACCAUCUGGACGUUGGGGCCAUGUACCCCAAUAUCAUUCUCACCAACCGCCUGCAGCCAUCUGCUAUGGUUGAUGAAGCCACGUGUGCUGCUUGUGACUUUAACAAACCUGGUGCUACCUGUCAGAGGAAGAUGGCCUGGCAAUGGAGAGGAGAAAUCAUGCCCGCCAGCCGCAGUGAGUUCCAUCGAAUCCAGCAGCAGCUUGAGUCUGAGAAGUUCCCGCCAUUUUUCCCCAACGGUCCACCUCGGCCUUCCACCAACCUCAACAGAGAGGAGCAGGCCAAACAUGAGAAGAAACGACUUGCAGACUACUGUAAGAGGGCUUAUAAGAAGACUCACGUCACCAAGCUGGAAGAGCGAGUCACCACCAUCUGCCAGAGAGAGAACUCCUUCUACGUCGACACUGUAAGAGCUUUCAGAGAUCGACGAUAUGAAUUCAAAGGACUCCACAAGGUGUGGAAGAAGAAGCUAUCAACAGCUCAGGACAACGGAGACGCUGCUGAGGUUAAGCGCUGCAAAAACAUGGAGAUCCUCUAUGAGUCUCUGCAGCUGGCUCACAAGUGUAUCCUCAACUCUUUCUACGGCUACGUCAUGAGGAAAGGGGCGCGCUGGUACUCCAUGGAGAUGGCUGGCAUUGUGUGCUUCACUGGAGCCAACAUCAUCACUCAGGCCAGAGAGCUCAUUGAACAAAUAGGGCGACCCCUUGAGUUGGACACAGAUGGUAUCUGGUGUGUCCUCCCCAACACCUUUCCUGAGAACUUUGUGGUGAAAACCAGCAACGAGAAGAAGCCCAAAGUGACCAUCUCUUACCCCGGGGCCAUGCUGAACAUCUUGGUAAAGGAGGGGUUCACCAACGAUCAGUACCGACGAGCUUUGACCCCUGCCUCCCUCACCUACAACACCAGGUCAGAGAACAGCAUCUUCUUUGAAGUAGAUGGACCGUCUGCCAUGAUCCUGCCUGCGUCCAAAGAAGAGGGGAAAAAGCUGAAGAAAAGGUAUGCUGUGUUUAAUGAGGAUGGCUCUCUGGCUGAGCUGAAGGGUUUCGAAGUGAAGAGAAGAGGAGAGCUCCAGCUCAUUAAGAUUUUUCAGUCGUCAGUGUUUGAGGCUUUCCUCAAAGCCACUUUGGAGGAGGUUUACGCCUCUGUGGCCAAAGUGGCCGACUACUGGCUGGAUGUUUUGUACAGCAAGGCUGCCAACAUGCCAGAUGCAGAGCUGUUUGAACUGAUUUCAGAGAACCGUUCGAUGUCCAGGAAGCUGGAGGACUACGGAGCAAAAUCGACUUCCAUCAGCACAGCAAAGAGACUGGCUGAGUUUCUGGGAGACCAGAUGGUGAAAGACGCAGGUCUGAGCUGCCGUUACGUCAUCUCCAGGAAACCUGAGGGUUCUCCUGUCACAGAGAGAGCCAUUCCUCUGGCCAUUUUUCAGGCUGAGUCCAGUGUGAAGAAACAUUUCCUCCGUAAGUGGUUGAAGAUGCCCAGCCUGCACGACUUAGACAUCCGCUCCAUCCUAGACUGGAGUUAUUACAUUGAGCGGUUGGGCAGUGCCAUCCAGAAAAUCAUCACCAUUCCUGCAGCUCUUCAACAGGUAAAGAACCCAGUACCCAGAGUGAGACAUCCUGACUGGCUUCACAAGAAACUCCUGGAGAAGAACGACAUUUACAAGCAGAAGAAAAUCAGUGAGCUCUUCACCAGCGAGGGCAAGAGACAGGUAGCCCAUCAGCCUCUUCCAGCAGGCCAAACCGCAGACAUAGAGGACUUUGGAAUGCCAGCCAAGCCUCUGCAGCCAGCCAUUCUCAUCAGCACCAAGAGGAAGCGGAUAUCUCAAGGAGACGACAGCCAGGUGGAGUCUCAGGAUGUGGAGCUCACCCAGUCCUGGAGAGAGAUCCUGGGGCCACCCCCACCAUCGGGAAACACACGGGAGGCACGUCUUGUGUGGCUUCGCUACCAUAAGAAGAAGUGGGAGCUGCAACUGAGGCAAAGAAAGGAGAGGAAGAAGAGGAGGAGGCUGCUGGAUGGUGAAGCUCAGUCUGUAGGGGGAGGAGUGAUCAGAGACGGCCCCACAACAGGCCUGGGGAGCUUCCUCCGCAGAACAGCACGCAGCAUCCUUGACAUGCCAUGGCAAAUAGUGCAGAUCGCAGAAACAAGUCACCCUGGUCUGUACAAGCUGUGGGCUGUUAUAGGAAAUGACCUCCACUGCAUGAAGCUCAACAUCCCCCGAGUCUUCUACGUCAACCAGAAAGUCCCAAAACAAGAGGAGGGAGCCACAUACAAAAAGGUAAACCGCAUGCUGCCUCGCUCCAACAUUGUCUACUACCUGUAUGAGUACUGUGUGCCAGAGGACAUGUACCAGGAGCACAUCAACGAGAUCAACGCUGACCUGUCGGCUCCAGACAUCGAAGGAGUUUAUGAAACACAGGUCCCGUUGCUGUUUCGAGCACUGGUGCGGCUUGGAUGUGUGUGUAUGGUCAACAAACAUGUUGUGAGGGAUCUGGCCGGCAGGGAGGCCGACACAUUUGACCUUGAACAGCUGGAGAUGAGGUCUCUGGCCCAGUUCAGCUACCUGGAACCUGGGAGUGUUCGCCACAUGUACUUGUAUCAUCACAGCCAGGGUCACAAGGCUCUGUUUGGCCUCUUCAUCCCCUCGCAACGCAAAGCCAGCAUCUUCGUCCUGGACACAGUGAGAAGCAACCAGAUGCCCAACCUGGGAAACCUCUACACAGCCGAGCGCACCGCUCUACUGGAGAAGACGACGGAGGAUCUCCUGCCUCCAGAGAAACACAACUUUGAGGUCAGAGCUGAAAAUGACGUGAAGGCUAUUUACCGCGCUCUGCAACGCAUACUGCUGAACUACAAGGAGGAACGUCGUGGACCCACUCUCAUUGCGUUGCAGUCAAACUGGGAGCUGCGGCGGUUGGCAGCAGGAAUGCCUGUGCUCGAGGAGUUUCCAGUUGUUCCCGUACAUGUAGUGGAUGAGAUCAGCUACAAUGUGCUGGACUGGCAACGCCACGGUGCCCGACGGAUGAUUCGCCACUACCUCAACCUGGACAGCUGCCUGUCACAGGCCUUUGACAUGGCCAGAUAUUAUCACUUACCUGUGGGGAACUUGCCUCUGGACGUGUCCAUCUUUGGCUCAGACUUGUUCCUGGCGAGACAUCUACGGAAACACAACCACCUGCUGUGGAUGUCACCCACAGCGAGGCCUGACCUCGGAGGAAAAGAGGCCGAUGACAGCCGUCUUGUGAUGGAAAGCGAUGACAGGGGCUCAGUGGAGAUCAAUGCUCAAGGAUGCUACUCUACAGUGUGUGUGGAGCUGGACCUGCAGAGCCUGGCAGUGAACACCAUUCUCCAGUCACAGCAUGUCAACGACAUGGAGGGCGGAGCCAGUCUGGGUGUCAGCUUUGAUGUGAUCCAGCAGGCCUCGUUGGAAGACAUGAUGUCUGGGAACCAGGGAGCCAGCAGUCUGGCUAGCUAUGAUGAGACUGCUCUCUGCUCCAACACUUUCAGGAUCCUGAAGAGCAUGGUGGUUGGAUGGGUCAGGGAGAUCACACAAUACCACAACGUGUAUGCAGACAACCAGGUGAUGCACUUCUACCGCUGGCUGCACUCGCCCAGCUCUCUGCUCUACGACCCAGCGCUGCACCGCACACUUCACAACAUGAUGAAGAAGGUGUUUCUACAGUUGGUCGCAGAGUUUAAACGUCUGGGCUCAACCGUAGUGUACGGAAACUUCAACAGGAUCAUCCUGUGUACCAAAAAACGGAGGAUUGAUGACGCCAUUGGCUAUGUGGAAUACAUCACCAACAGUAUCCACUCCAGAGAAAUCUUUCACUCCCUGUCAAUCACCUUCUCCCGCUGCUGGGAGUUCCUGCUCUGGAUGGAUCCAGCUAACUGUGGCGGCGUGAAGGGCAAACUGCCCUCAAGCUUCCAGUUCGGAGAGGAUGCAGCCAAAGAGAAGAAAAAGAGACAAGUGGAGGGAGAUGAUGAGGGGAGUGAAGAUGAAGAGGAAAAUGAGGUGGAGGAAGAUGACCGGGAUGGGGAGACAGAUGAGGUGGAGGAGCUGAUCGAGAGCAACUGGAACAUCAUGCAGUAUUUGCCCCAAACUGCAUCCUGUCAGAAAUACUUCCUCAUGAUCGUCUCCGCUUACAUUGCAGCGGUCUACCACAGCAUGAAAGAGGAGCUAAGACGCAACGCUCCCGGAGCAACGCCAGUCAAGAGACGUGGGGAUAGCCAGGCUUCCCAGCAGGCAGUGGGGGACUUAAGUGCUCUUCCUGGAAUGAUCUCCUUCUCCCAGGAAUAUGUGUCCAGUGAGCUGACUCAAAACUUUUUCACCAUCACUCAAAAAAUCCAGAAGAAGGUGACGGGUACCAGGAGCGUGACCCAGCCCUCAGAAAUGUUCCCUGCCCUACCUGGAUCCCAUCUGCCCCUCAACAACCCUGCCCUGGAGUUUAUUAAAUAUGUCUGCCAGGUCCUUUCACUGGACGCCAACAUUGUGAACCAGGUGAACAAGCUGAAAAGAGACUUGCUGCGUCUUGUCGAUGUUGGAGAGUUUUCUGAAAAUGCCCAGUUCCGGGACCCCUGCAACUCCUACAUCCUGCCAGAGGUCAUCUGCCAUCACUGCAACUUCUGUCGGGACCUCGACCUCUGCAAGGACCCGGCUGUGGCCCAAGAUGGAUCCGUGUUGCCUCAGUGGUUCUGCUCGAACUGCCAGGCGCAGUAUGAGACAGAGUCUAUUGAGAUGGCUCUGGUUGAAGCUCUGCAGAAAAAACUGAUGAGCUACACAUUGCAGGACGUGGUUUGUACAAAAUGCAAAGGAGUGAAGGAAGCAAACAUGCCCCUGUACUGCAAAUGUGCUGGGACCUUUGACCUCACUUUCUCAGCAAAGAGCUUCUCAGAACAGGUUGCCGUGUUUCGGAGCAUAGCAUCCCAUUACAACAUGAGCUUCCUGGAGGAAACCAUUGACUGGUUGCUUGUCAUGAGUCCACACAUCAGCCAGAACACUCACUAAAUGUGACAUCCACCAGAAAAACCACAUCAGUCCCUCAGCUACAUCUGUGGCAAAUACUUCUAAAUGUUGGAAACGUUCCUGUUUUGUGCACUUGUUCAUCAGCCUUAAUUAUGUCUGUUAGCCGAUGUGUAUUCAGGACACUGUAGAGGCAGGCUGCAGGAGUGUAUAUAUUUUAAAUUCAGAAGUAUGUUGUAAUCGCAUUAUGUUUGUGUAUGAAUUUUGUAUUUUUGGCUGUUAAUAAAUAUUUUUCCAAGUGUU